UUUCUUUCUCUCUCUUAAAUUCACGUAAUAUUUGUUGUAAGAGGAGAGAGAAAACAAAAAGAGGUGAGAGAAAGAGUGGAGUGAGAGAGUCGUCGAACUAGUUCUUUUCGAAGCUCUGAUUCACUACUUGUUACAUCAAAAUUCACUGGUUUAAGAAGUUGUUGAGGGUGAAAUUCGUUUGUUUUCUGCUGAAAGAAAGAAGCUUUAAUUUAGCUGACUGUGGGAUUUGAUAAUGGGGGAGGAGGAUGCGAAGUUGGAAGUCAUGGAGACUGUUAUGAAUGGGACCAAGUCUCCGGUGAAGGAGGCUGGAACUGUGGUGGAGGAGAAAGAAAACGGAGUCAAAGAUAUGGUGGAAGAAGAUAAGAAAGACAAGAAUGAUGGCAAAGCUAAGGAGAAAACAGGUGAUGAGGGCAAGGGGGAAGAGAAGGUGGAUGAAGGCAAAGAACCUAAAGAAGAGGACGCCAAAGUAGAGGAAGGCAAAGAGCCUAAGGAAGAGAAGAAAGCUGAAGAAGAGGAGGGUGAAGAAGAACCUAAAACUGAGGCGAAGGAAGAAGAAAAGAGCUCGAAUGAAAUUGAGAAGGACGUUGAAAUGACUGAGAAAAAUGAGAAUCUGGAAGAGAAAGAUGAGGGUGCUGAAGAGAAAGUUAAGGGUUCAGAAGAGAAGAUGGAUGAGGAGAAAGAGAAUGACGAUGAAAAGGUAGAGGGUAAAGAAGAGGCAAUGGAGAGUGGAGAGGAAAAGGAUCAUGAAGAAAAUGAUACAGAAGAGGUGAAAGGUAGUGAAAAGGGAGAAGAAGACGAGAAAAUUAAGGAAGAUGAAGAGGAAAAGGGGAACAAGGAGGAGAAAUCCUCAAAGAAGCGUAGCCGGGGAAAGGGUGCUGAGGAUAAGGGUGCAGAUAAGAAAAAGAAAGUAGUCCAAAAGGAGUUGGAGCCUAGAACUCCAACUAUUGAUCGCCCAGUACGUGAACGGAAAUCUGUAGAAAGGUUGGUUGCAACAAUCGAGAAAGAUAACUCUAGGGAAUUUCACAUCGAGAAGGGUCGCGGCACCCCACUGAAAGAAAUUCCCAACGUUGCAUACAAGCUAUCCAGGAAAAAGAGUGAUGAAACCUUUAAGAUGCUACAUAUGAUUCUGUAUGGAAGAAGAGGGAAGGCAACUGAAUUUAAACGCAAUAUAUCGCGGUUUUCAGGUUUUGUCUGGCAUGAUAAUGAGGAGAAGCAGAGGCUGAAAGUCAAGGAAAAGUUUGACAAGAUUGUGAAAGAGAAAUUGCUGGACUUCUGUGAUGUGCUUGACAUACCAGUUACUAAAGCCACCAUUAGAAAGGAAGAUGUUGUUGCCAAGCUGCUUGACUUUUUGGUUUCUCCUCAUGCUACUACUACAGUUUUACUAGCAGAGCAAGAUCAGGGCAAGAAGCGCAAGAGGUCUGCCACAAAAAGUGCAUCUAAAUCAACAUCACCUAAGGGCUCUUCCAAGAGCCGGAAGAAGGCUGGCGAUGCUUCUAAAAAAGAAGAAAAAAAGACUACUUCAGAGUCUGAUGAUGAGUCUGCGGAUGAGGAAGAAAAUGAGGAAGGGAAGAAGGAGAAUGGAAUUGCAGAGAAAUCUGAGGAUGAGAAAUCUGAGCAGUCUGAGAGUGAAGAGAAAAAGGACAUGUCUGAAGAUGACUCUGGAGAAGAUACACCAAAAGAGAAAGCAAGUUCAGGAAAAGCGAAACAGGAAAACAAGAAAAAGACUCCAAGUGUAGAAUCUUCAGGAAAAGCUGCUAGCAAAAUAGUUGUCACUCCUAAGAAAGCUAGGUCAGUGCCUAAAGGAACACCAAGAAAAUCAUCAUCAAACAAUUCCAAGGUUUUUGAGAGCAAGAACUCAAGCCCUAAGGUGUUCUCAAGGAAGAAGAAGAAGGAAGAGCCGAAGACAGAGAAGUCUCCAGCUCCAAAGAAAUCUGCUGUUAAGGAAAAACCUGGUAAAAAGGCUGUGAAAGGGAAGGAGAAAUCCAAAGAAGACAGAUCAAAGCCAAGUGAUGAUGAACUAAGGAAUGCAAUAUGUGACAUUCUAAAACAAGUUGACUUUAAUACGGCAACCUUCACUGAUAUUCUGAAGCAACUUGCCAAGCAAUUCAGUACUGAUCUCACGUCCAGAAAGUCAUUGAUCAAGCUUAUGAUACAAGACGAGCUUACAAAACUAGCUGAUGAAGCUGAUGAUGAUGACGAGGGAGAUGAGGGGGAUGCUGAAAAAAACGAAGCCCAGCCUGCUAGCAAAGAGGUGGAGGCCUGAUUUGUGACACAGCAGCAGAACAAGUGGUAAAAUAUAUGUGAUCAUCUGUCCAUACCUUCGUUUCUGCCCUGGGGUUAAAGAAAUUUAGAUAGUAUUAACUUUGCUUUAGUAUCGGGCCUUGCUGUUUAGUCUAAACAAGUAGCUGUAAUCUAUCGAUAGUUGUUUAUAAUAUUCUGGCAAGCAAACUAGUCUUUUGCUAGCGAUAGUAUUAGAACAGUUGAUGCUCAUGCUGCUGAGUACUUAGAACAGUUGAUGCUCAUGCUGCUGCAGGAUGCAGGUUGUAAUAUACAAAUUUAAGAAAUUGUUAGGUCUUUUACUUUUGAGCUUUUCUAAUUUAAACCAACUUUUGUGGACCAAAAGGGUAGAUCUUUGUUGAUCAUUUUUCAACUUGGGUUGAGAAAGAGGCCUUUCUUUUACUCUUGACUUAAAGUCUUGAUUUCGGAUUUUGUACUA